CCUGUGUCCGAGGCUGGAACUGCAAGUUUGAUGACACAGCUCCGUCCAGUCUUGAUAACCUAGUGAGGCUUUGAGAUUUCAACAUCCCCUGGGGCAAAAAGGUAGCAACAAGUCCCCGUCACCCGUUACCCAAUUCAGGCCCCGAACAAUGCGCAGGACAGGCGCAUUGGCGCUUUUGGGCGCCAUUGCUCACGGCAGUCUCGCUGCAUCAGAGAGCUUGCCGCGGGGCGUUGGACCCGAGUUUGUCAAGUUCUUCGAAAGUAAAACAACCUUUACAUGCAUCGGCAAUCCCUCCAUCACCCUCAAGGCGUCCCAGGUCAACGACAACUCGUGCGACUGCCCCGAUGGCUCGGACGAACCUGGGACCGCCGCCUGCGCCAAUAUUGACCCCCUAUCUCCAGAACAGCCGCUUCCAGGCUCCGUAACCGGCACCACCAACACAACCGCCGCCCUCCCCGGCUUCUGGUGCGCCAAUGCCGGCCAUGUUGGAAGCUACCUCCCCUUCAUGUACGUCAACGAUGGCGUCUGCGACUACGAGCUAUGUUGCGAUGGCAGCGACGAGAACACUCAUGUCGGUGGUGUCCAGUGUGAAAACCGUUGCGAUGCUAUUGGGAAAGAAUAUCGACGUCUGGAGGAACAACGGAGACAGAACAAGGAGCGGUCGGCGAAGAAGAGGCGCACGUUGGUCAAGGAGUCCCGUGAGCUGCGCCGACGGGUGGAGGUUAAGAUUGCGAACCUCAAGACAGAGGUGCGAGACCUUGACGCCAAGAAGGCAGAAAUGCAGGCCAAGUUUGAUGAGGUGGAACGCUCAGAAAGAGGAAAGGUCGUCAAGAGUGAAGGCCAGGGCGGCAAGCUGGGUGUUCUCGUUGGUCUGGCCAAAAGCCGCGUCAAUGAGUUGCGAAAUACGUUGGACAAGGUCAUGGACCAGCGGGAUGAUCUUCAAGACAAGGUCGACCAACUGGAGGACAUCCUCACCAAGCUCAAGGAAGAGUACAAUCCUAACUUCAACGAUGAGGGCGUCAAGGCUGCGGUCAAGGCCUGGGAGGACUACGCUGCAGGACAGCCCAGCGAGCCCAAGGGAGACCUCGCCGACUCCGAUAUCAUGGAGGUGCUAAAAGAUGAUAGUGAAACAUCUGGAAUCAAUUGGGCCGAGUUUGAGACUGGCGAGGCGAGCGAUGUUGACGUCGUGUACAACUGGGAGGCCUAUCUUCCAGUGCCAGUCCGCGACUAUGUUCACCAGAAGCUCAACCUCCUCCGGGUUUGGGCGAUCGAGAAUGGCAUCCUUGCUGACAACCCUACCAGUGGCGGAGAGUCUCGUUUGGUCACAGCCGCAAGGGAGGCCCGCGAUUCUGCCACGAAUGCACAUUCGGUAAAGCUGGGCCAGCUGGAAGAGGAGCAGCGGGAGCUCGAAAAGGACUAUGGCCCUGAUGAUGUUUUCCGUGCCCUGAAGGGCAAGUGCAUCAGCGGUGAGGCUGGCGAAUAUGACUAUGAGCUCUGCUGGUUCGACAAGACCACCCAAAAGAGUAAGAAGGGCCAUGGGAAUACCAACAUGGGCAACUUUGUGCGCAUUGACAAGGAGUUUGUGGAUGAGGAAGAGAGACUUGACGGCAAGGGACUAGGCAAGGGCCAGAGGUUGGUUUUGCGGUAUGAGAAUGGGCAGGGGUGCUGGAACGGGCCCAACAGGAGAACCGACGUUUACCUUGGCUGUGCUGAGACAGACGAGGUCUGGCGCACGGUAGAGGCUGAGAAGUGCGUGUACAGGAUGGAGGUCGGCUCCCCAGCUGCCUGUGAAGAUGUUCAGGAGCCCGACGUGCCGAUUAAAAGCGAGCUAUAGAGACACGAUGGGGGAUGGUGUGGUCAGGCGCGUGUAUAGUGAAAUUGUAUUUAUUUGGGUAUAUUACGUAUAGCGACACUUGCAAAGCACAAUUGAAAGAUACAUUGUUUGUUAGUUCCCUGCA